AAGAAGAGGGUGUAGGGCUCAGUUGUUUUUCUCCAGCUUCAACGAUAGUUUGCAGACUCUCUUCCCGUCUUGUGUGUAAACUGAUCCGUACAGGCUCUGUGUAUUUUCUUGGGAGAGAGAGAGGGGGAGGAGUGAGAGAAGAUACUCCAUCCCUAUUUUUCUUGGCUGCUGUACCGCGGGCGUUACAGUUCAACGUGCAGUUUCUUGCCAAGUCAUCAGGGCGGACUUAAACCAAAGGUGUGUUCGUCUUUGAAUCUGAAACGCAUCUGAAUUCAUUCUGUGUUUACGUUUUUUGGGCGUGAAGAAAAAUCUCGUCGUGGGGAAAGUGCCAAACUUCCAAACCGUGUCAUAUUUCCCGGGAUUUAGAGCGUCGUUGCUCGCUCGCUCCCUUCGGCAUCUCACAAUGUUUUCUCUCCCGGGGAAGAUCUGAACUUUUUACGGACGGUGACAACGUAGACAAUAGGACUUCGUUUGGGGUUUGGUUGUCAAAAGAGAGGAGACGAACCGAUUAGGACAGCGAGUUCGUGUUCAACUACCAAUUCCUGAGAGAUGGCGUGGCGGUGGGUCCUGGCUGCCAUCUUGGCGAUGUCGUCUCUCUCCCUCCUCGGCUCCGCCUACAACGAGUUCACCUCUGACACCCUCAUCAACAACGUAGUCCAGGACCCAAUCACCAGCCGGCUGUAUGUGGGCACGGUCAACGCCCUCUACCAACUGGACCAAUCCCUGCACCCCGAGGCACACACCAGAACAGGACCCGAAUUGGACAACCGCCAGUGUCCCCCGCCCGUGACUUCCUGCGAGGAAGCAGUGGAGACAGACAACCAUAACAAACUGCUCCUCAUCCAUCCAUCCAAAGACACCUUGAUAGUGUGUGGGAGUCUGUACAGAGGAAUCUGUUCUCUGAGGAACCUGUCUAAUGUAGAGCAGCUGCUGUACUUCAGCGAUAGUAACGGAGAGAAGUCGUACGUGGCCAGUGCUGAGGAGAGUGUGUCAGUAGUAGGGGUCAUGUCUUAUUACUUCAGCAAGGACAGGGAGAACUUCACCGUCUUCCUGGUGGCUAAGGGCUACGGCAGCCAUGACAGCACCAAGCUGAUCAGCACCCGUAUCCUCCAGGUCCAUCAUGACUGGGUGUUGUUCGACAGCAUCAUCGAGGCCUCGGCCGUCCAGUCCAACCCCUUCACACUGCGCUACCUCCAUGACUUCAGACACGUCUUCAAGGACGAGGGCUUUGUCUACUUCCUGUUCUCCAGAACCCUGGGUGCCCAGGAUUCAGGAACCAAGAACUUCACCUUUAUCUCCAGGAUGUGUGAGAACGACCACAACUACUACUCGUACACAGAGCUCCAGCUGAACUGCAGUGCGGGGAACAAGUACAACAAGGUCCAGGCAGCCUACGUGGCCCUCCCAGGAGAAGCCCUGGCCAGGAAUAUGAGCUCCUCUGGCCGGUACGGACCGGUUGGAGCCCAGGAUAAAGUUGUGUUUGUGGUGUUCAGCUCAGACGACGACAGCUCCAGCUCGGCAGUAUGUAUGUACCCACUGAGGGCCAUCAACCAGAGACUGGUGGAGAUCAUAGGAGCCUGCUACAGCACCAAGGGAAAAAUAAACAAGACGUCUGCCGUCUACUCCCCGUACUCCUCCAAGUCAGACGAGCUGUGUAAAAUUGAAAAUGAGAUGGGCAUGGUGACCAAUCAAAAGUGUGGUGCUGAGCUCCUGCCCUCCCCGCUGGCCAGCAGGGCAGAGUUCGCCCUGGCAACCGACCCCGUUUUCACCAAGAAGGGCCUGAUGACCGCUGUGGCCGUCGCUGUGGAAACGGAGCACGCCGUUGCCUUCCUGGGGACCACUUUAGGAGAGGUGUUGAAGCUGCACCUGUCGACCAGUCCAGAGGUGUACGGCCGCGCCCCUGGGGAGAACACCGGGGACAAGGUCAACAAGAACCUGCUGUUUGACACCAGCCUCACACACCUCUACAUCACCACAGAGAAGAAGAUCACCAAGGUGCCAGUGCAGGCGUGCCACCUGAAGACAGACUGCCAGUCCUGCGUGGCACAGAAAGACCCCUACUGUGGCUGGUGUGUGCUGCAGGGCAAGUGUACCAGGAAGGGAGACUGUCCCAGGGCUGAGGAUGACAACACGUGGCUGUGGAGCCCCAACCAGCAGUGUGUUCAGAUCCAGGCCUUUAACCCACCCAGCUUCAGCUGUAGGAAGACCAAGCAGGUUGAAAUCGACAUCCCCUCCCUCCCCAAGAUCGGCCCUUCUGACAUUAUCGAGUGCAGGUUUGGUUCGGACACUAGUGAAGCUGAGGUGAUGGACCAGAAGGUCACCUGUGCCCUCCCUGACCCUGUGAACAUCCCCUCUACACAUGACAAGCAGGACUUUGUGACGAUGCAGGUGAAGAUCCUGGUCAACCACGGCAUCGAGGUGACGUCCAGUGAAUACAAGUUCUACAACUGUGCUGCCACUGUCAGGAAGUCAGAGAACACGCCGUGUAUAGCAUGUGUGACCAGUGAGUGGCAGUGCCAGUGGAAUGCCCAGGACCACACCUGCAGUGACAUAGAUGAUGCUGUAGACGGAGCUCACAUCGUCAAAGCCCAACACGCUGAUAGCUGUCCUCAGUUUGAAAACCCAGACCCUCAUCUCAUCCCUGUAGGCUACCGCAUCCCCAUCAGCUUCCAAGGGAAGAACCUGGACAUUUACAAGGAUCACAUGUUUAAGAUUGGUACGGAGCUCAUGAAACACACGGAGGAAGAGUUCACCUUUAAUGAGGGGUUAAAGUUCAACUUCAAGGGUUAUGAGUUUGCCUACGACAAGGAGCAGGAGGUCAAUGUGUCCUUCCACAUCAAAGACAGAGACUCAGAGAAGAAGAUUGACAGCACUCUGACUGUGGUGCUGUAUAACUGUUCUCUGGGUCGUGAGGACUGCAGCCUGUGUAAGAACGCCGACCCCAAAUACAGCUGUGUGUGGUGUGCCAACAUGAGGUCCUGUGUGUACAGAGAAUUGUGCGGGUCCCAGGAACCAGCGCAGUGCCCCGACCCCAAGAUCACUGACAUCAUCCCUAGUUUUGGGCCUCUGAACGGUGGGAUAAUGGUGACCAUUAAAGGGUCUAACCUGGGCAUAAAGGAGGAGGACAUUAAGAAGGUGACGGUGGCUGGAGUGGACUGUGUUCACCAGGGGGACAGAUAUUCUGUCUCCACCAGUGUUGUGUGUGAGAUCGGUCCGGUCCGGCCUCCUGCUUCAGUGGACCUCCCAGGUCCCAUCAAGCAGGGGGUAGUGGAGGUGGAGGUGGAGGGGGGCAGGAGAGGACGUUCAGAGGUCCUCUUCACCUAUAGGGACCCCAUCCCUGAGACAGUUUCCCCCCUGAAGGGCCCUGCGGCUGGUGGAACAGUCAUCACUAUCUCUGGGAAACACCUGGAUACGGCAAACAAGGAUGAUGUCAUUGUCACCGUGGGCGGAACGCCCUGUAAAGUGUUGUCGUUUGGCAGUGAGAUCACCUGUGAGACAGGUGUAUACAAGGGACAAAAGGUUCCAUCGGAGCUCCUGAGAGUCUCAGUGAAGUAUGGGAAGAACACCACCAAGGACGUCCCUGACUCCUUCAACUUCCAGUACUCUGAGAACCCCAAACUCACGGACUACAGCCCCAAGACAAGCUUCGUAUGUGGAGGCAGGAGGAUCGUGUGUGUGGGCAGUGGUUUUGACCUCAUCCAGAGAGCCACCAUGAAGGUGCUGCCCUCUACUGAUGACGUCUCUCAGUCCCCUCCCAUUGAGUUCAUCCAGUCUGCCGUACAUAAGAACGACACAGUGCUGCUGUUUGACAGUCCAGCGGUGAACAGGUCCUCUGAGACCCAGUCCUUCAGGACCUUCCUCCAGCUAGACAACGUGGUAGAGGAACUGAAUUUCUUUGAGUACCACGCCGACCCGUUCUUCAAUGAACUGACCAAGAACAUCAUCACUGAAAUCAUCCUCGUCACGGGUCGUGGGUUCAGCAAGGCCAUGACAGCUGAAGAAGCCCAGGCGUUCGUAGGAGAUGCCUCCUGUAAGGUGACCAUCCUGCAGGAUGACAAGCUGUUCCUGGAAGCUCCGUCCACCCAGCCCAGAGCCCGCUCCAAACGCCAGCGCAGAGACACCAGCUCCGACCCUCUGGACCUAACGAUAAAGUUUGGUAAUGGCGAGUGGGUGGUGGGCUCAGUGAACUAUGAGAGGAAGUAUGAGGUUCCUUUGGCUAUCAUCAUCCCAGCUAUCAUCGUCCCUAUGCUACUCUUCCUAGCUGUGUCCGUCUACUGCUACAGGAGGAAGCGCCAGCGGGCAGAGAGAGAGUAUGAGAAAGUAAAAAUCAAGUUGGAGAAUCUGCAGGAGAGCGUGCGAGACCGCUGGAAGGUGGAACUCACAGUGUGUGAGCCUACAUGUCAGCCCUGACGAAGGAAGCGAACAUGCCGUCUUCGUUCUCCAGAAGGGUCUCUGGUUUGUCGAUCUCCAAGAUGUUCCCUCGCUUUAUCACGAUCACCAGGUCAGCUUCCAGGAUGGCGUGGACACGAUGCUGCAUGAAGAACACACACACAGACGCACGCACACAGACAUUACAUUUGAUUGUGUGUUGAAUUACACAAACAAAGAGGAAGGGAUGCAAUGCAGCUUUGAUUUGUAAUGUAGCCAGACAGACAGAGAUAAACUGUGCUGAGAAAAAAUAACAGAUACCUGAAACUAUUUUAAUGUUGUCUUAUCUCACAACCCCAAGAGUCAUCCUCCAAGAGCCAACUGCUAAGAUUAGAUGUAGUAGCCCUCUUUAACCCCGAGACAGAUUAGAUGUAGUACCCCUCUUUAACCCCCAGACAGAUUACAUGUAGUAUCCCUCCUUAACCCCCAGACAGAUUAGAUGUAGUAUUCCUCCUUAACCCCAGACAGAUUACAUGUAGUAUCUCUCUUUAACCCCCAGACAGAUUAGAUGUAGUAUCUCUCUUUAACCCCCAGACAGAUUAGAUGUAGUAUUCCUCCUUAACCCCGAGACAGAUUAGAUGUAGUAUCCCUCUUUAACCCCCAGACAGAUUAGAUGUAGUAUCCCUCUUUAACCCCCAGACAGAUUAGAUGUAGUAUCCCUCUUUAACCCCCAGACAGAUUAGAUGUAGUAUCCCUCUUUAACCCCCAGACAGAUUAGAUGUAGUAUCCCUCUUUAACCCCCAGACAGAUUAGAUGUAGUACCCCUCUUUAACCCCCAGACAGAUUAGAUGUAGUAUCCCUCUUUAACCCCCAGACAGAUUAGAUGUAGUAUCCCUCUCUUUAACCCCAAACAGAUUAGAUGUAGUAUUCCUCCUUAACACCCAGACAGAUUAGAUGUAGUAUCCCUCUUUAACCCCCAGACAGAUUAGAUGUAGUAUCCCUCUUUAACCCCCAGACAGAUUAGAUGUAGUAUUCCUCCUUAACCCCGAGACAGAUUAGAUGUAGUAUCCCUCCUUAACCCCCAGACAGAUUAGAUGUAGUAUCCCUCUUUAACCCCCAGACAGAUUAGAUGUAGUAUCUCUCUUUAACCCCAGACAGAUUAGAUGUAGUAUCCCUCUCCUUAACCCCAGACAGAUUAGAUGUAGUAUCUCUCUUUAACCCCAGACAGAUUAGAUGUAGUAUCCCUCUCCUUAACCCCAGACAGAUUAGAUGUAGUAUCCCUCUCUUUAACCCCAGACAGAUUAGAUGUAGUAUCCCUCCUUAACCCCAGACAGAUUAGAUGUAGUAUCCCUCUUAAACCCCCAGGCAGAUUAGAUGUAGUACCCCUCCUUAACCCCCAGACAGAUUAGAUUUAUUAUCCCUCUUUAACCCCAAACAGAUUAGAUGUAGUAUUCCUCCUUAACCCCCAGACAGAUUAGAUGUAUUAUCCCUCUUUAACCCCAAACAGAUUAGAUGUAGUAUUCCUCCUUAACACCCAGACAGAUUAGAUGUAGUAUCCCUCUUUAACCCCCAGACAGACUAGAUGUAGUAUUCCUCCUUAACCCCCAGACAGAUUAGAUGUAGUAUCCCUCUUUAACCCCCAGACAGAUUAGAUGUAGUAUCCCUCCUUAACCCCCAGACAGAUUAGAUGUAGUAUCCCUCUUUAACCCCCAGACAGAUUAGAUGUAGCAUCCCUCUUUAACCCCCAGACAGAUUAGAUGUAGCAUCCCUCUUUAACCCCCAGACAGAUUAGAUGUAGUAUCCCUCUUUAACCCCCAGACAGAUUAGAUGUAGCAUCCCUCUUUAACCCC